GCGGUUCGUUGAAGCCCAACGGCGAACGUUCGGUUCAUUGCUGCACGUGAACCGAUCCAAGCAGGCAGCCUAUACUACGCUCCCCUGGUUCUUAGUUCUUCGCUACUGAAUUGAAGUACCUGUGAGUGUGCGUGUGUGUGUGGGUAAAGUGUAUACGCUCGCGUGUGUAUGUGACGGGAGGUGGUGUGUGUAUGUGUAUAGUUGUGUAUGUGUUUAGGUUCUUUGGGGUUCUAGCGUGCAGCCAACCCACCCAUCAGCCAGCCAGAGCUACUAUCCAUCAAAAAGAAACAUAGUAGCAUGCACGCGUUCUCCAAUCAUCCAAGCGGGCUGCUCCCCGUGGAGCAGAACUUCGAUCCUAGUAAACCAUCGAUCAGGGAGUUCUUUGCCGGCCAGGACAUUUUCGUGACUGGCGGUACAGGGUUUAUGGGAAAGGUGCUGAUUGAGAAACUGCUCCGCUCGUGCUCGGACCUCCGGACCAUCUACAUGCUGAUUCGCGAGAAGAAAGACAAGACCGUCGAGGAGCGUAUAGCCGAAAUGCAUCAACUUCCGUUAUUUGAAAAGCUGCGCUUAGAGGCCCCACACCUGCUCGCCAAGACUGUACCAGUGCGUGGUGACGUGUCCAUGCCCGGGCUUGGCCUGUCGUCCCAAGACCGAGAGCAGAUGCGCGAAGUAUCCGUCAUUUUUCACGUUGCCGCUAGCGUACGCUUUGACGAUCCACUCCGGGCGGCGAUCCUGCUAAAUACUCGCGGUACUCAGGAGGUGGUACGCUUGGCUGAACAGCUGCCGGAUCUGCGCGUUCUCAUGCACGUCUCGUCGACCUACUCCAACCCGGACCGGUACGUCAUCGAUGAGGAGGUAUAUCCAGCAUACGCCGAUUGGCGCGACACAAUCCGAAUCGCGGAGCACUUCGACGAACAGACACUGGACGUGCUAGCGCCGAAGUACAUGGGCUUUCUGCCGAACACAUACGUGUUCACCAAGAGCCUGGCGGAGCAGAUUGUCGCCGAGCAUGCGGACCGACUGCCAUUGAUCCUGUUCCGGCCGUCGAUCGUCAUCUCGUCGAUGAAGGACCCGAUACCGGGCUGGAUGGACAACUUUAAUGGACCGGUCGGGCUGCUGGUCGGUUGCGGCAUCGGUCUCUGUCGGACCAUGUACUGUGAUCCGAACAACAUCGCCGAUUUUACGCCCGUGGACGUGUGCAUCAAGGCGAUGAUUGUUGCGGCCUGGAAGCGCGGCACGGAGUCGAACGUAAUCCACAAGGCAAGUACGAGCCCGAAUCUUCCUAUCUAUAACUGCUGCAUCUCCAACCUUCGCAAUUCCACGAUGACGCAAAUCGUUGAAAUGGGUCGCAUGAUAUCCAAUGAGAUUCCGCUCGAUAAAUGCAUCUGGGCACCAGGCGGUAGCAUCACGCAGGUCCGUAUUUACAACCUGUUCCGGGUGCUGCUAUACCAUAUACUACCGGCCAUUCUGAUCGACGGCGUAUUCCGCUUGAUGGGUCAAAAACCAUUCCUGGCGAAACUACAACGCAAAAUCUACACCGCUAACGUGGCGCUCGAGUACUUCAUUUUGAACAACUGGGACUUCAAGAAUCGUAACUUCAUCCAGUUAGCGUCGGAGAUAAAGCCAGAGGACAAUAAAGACUUUUAUUAUCGGGACUUUAUCGAGUUUGAUGUGACGCUGUACUUCCGGAAUUGCAUACUCGGUGCCCGGCGCUAUCUACUGAAGGAGAAGGAUGAAAACAUCCCUAAAGCGCUGGUUCAUCUGCGGCGUAUGAAGCUACUAGACAAGGUGUGCAAAACCAUAAUCGUGGCAGUUUUCUUGUACGUCCUGCUCAUCCAGUUCGAUCUACUCGGUAUGGCACUAUACCUGGUUGGCUAUACCUCGUCGUUUGAUCUGGGUUGCAAGUGAGUCCCGGCCGUGCAAUUCGCAUCAGAGUUGCCGAUGUUCUGCAUUUUAUUUUAAACAAAACAACAAUGGUGAAAUGAAAGGAAAAUAAAUGGUGUUUGAAAGUUGUUUCACUGGUA